AUCUCCCCACAAGCUGAGGGAAUGUCUUCCUCUCAUCAUUUUCCUAAGGAACAGACUUAAGUAUGCUUUAACAGGAGAUGAGGUAAAGAAGAUCUGCAUGCAGCGGUUCAUUAAGAUCGAUGGCAAAGUCCGUACUGACAUAACCUACCCUGCUGGUUUCAUGGAUGUCAUCAGCAUUGACAAGACGGGAGAGAAUUUCCGACUGAUCUAUGACACCAAGGGUCGCUUUGCUGUCCAUCGUAUUACCCCUGAGGAGGCCAAGUACAAGUUGUGCAAAGUGAGAAAAAUCUUUGUGGGCACAAAAGGAAUCCCUCAUCUGGUGACCCAUGAUGCUCGUACCAUCCGCUACCCGGAUCCUCUCAUCAAGGUGAACGACACCAUUCAGAUUGACUUGGAGACGGGCAAGAUUUCUGAUUUCAUCAAGUUCGACACUGGUAACCUGUGUAUGGUGACUGGAGGUGCUAACUUGGGAAGAAUUGGGGUGAUCACCAACAGAGAGAGACAUCCUGGCUCUUUUGAUGUGGUUCAUGUGAAAGAUGCCAAUGGCAACAGCUUUGCCACUCGGCUCUCCAACAUUUUUGUUAUUGGCAAAGGCAACAAGCCAUGGAUUUCUCUUCCCCGAGGAAAAGGUAUCCGCCUCACCAUUGCCGAAGAGAGAGACAAGAGACUGGCCGCCAAACAGAGCAGUGGGUGAAACAGUCUCUAGAUUUUAUGUUGGAGAAGUCCUCAUACUUAAUUAAAGAUGAUAUAGCGUAAAAAAAAUAAAUGUAGUUAGCAUAAGUAAAUGAAAAUUAAAAGAUAGCCUGUUUGGAUAUCAUUUUGUCUGUAACUUUUUUUUUUUAGCCAGAGGAGGAUAUACUAUUGAAUUAGAAAAUACAGUUCCUACCCUAAUAAACUUCAGAGUCAGAAGCAAUUUAA